CUGCUGGCCCAAUUCGGAGCCUGUGUCCUCGACAUCGCUAGGCAUUGGGAUGAUAGCGUGCUUAUCUGUUCGCGAACGGAACCAACCCAGCGUCGUACCUCCCGUCUCGACGAACGGCGGCGGCGCCCAUCCCGCCCGCCUCCACACCGAGCCCCGGCGGCCGGCGUGCCUGCACCCCAAGAUCCUCCCGCCUCGUCUCCACCCCAAGAUCCAGCGGCCGACGCCACCUGCCCGCCCCGCCGGAGCUCUCCAGCAGCCGGUGGCACGUUCCCGCCCCGCCACCGCCAGAGCUCUCCAGCGACCGGCGCCACCCUCCUACUCCGCCUCCACCAUGAUCUCCGGCGACCGGCGUGCCUCCACCCCGAGCUUUGCCGCCCAGCGCAGAAACAUUUUGUACUUCCGCCGCAGCCUCUUGCCAAAGAUGAUUGGCAGACCCUCCCAAAGUGCUGUAGGACUUACAUUGGGUCUCUGAGUCAAUUAUUGGGGAAACUCAUGGAAAGUACUAGGAAGAGGGAACUGAAGCUGUCUUUAUGUGAAGAACACGCUGUCCAAUGCCAUUGACUUCGAGAACAGCACCGAGAAAGUUUGUGGUUAAGCUUCAAACUGAACUAUUUUCGGCCAUCACUUUUGUUCCAGUUAGAGCUCCCAGAGGACCAGACCACCUUCUUACUCCAUGUUCUUUUAUCAGGCUUUCUGGACAAGGAUGCCGCCAAGCUUUGCAAGAAAGGUGGGACUUUGGCCUGAAAUUCUUCUCCAAGUCCUUUCCAAAUUGUUCAUGCCCUUCAGAAUCAUUUCCUAGUUUCGCCACCAGCUCUCGCUAAAGAUGGGAGGCUACUACUGGUUGUUCCCCUGCUUGCUCAUCUGCUUUCUGCUCCACACACAUGGCAGCCACUCCCUGAACCAGACAUGCAACUCCACUGACCUGGAGGCGCUUCUCGCUUUUUCCAGUGGCUUGGAUAGGAAAGGCAGCAGGCUUGUUGGAUGGGGUCCCAACGAUGCAGCGUGCUGUUCCUGGACCGGCGUCUCUUGUGAUCUUGGGAGGGUUGUUGGGUUGGAUCUCUCCAACAAGGGCCUUCAUGGCGGCAUCUCCUCCGCGAUCUCCUUGCUUGAUGGCCUUGUUACUCUAAACCUCUCCCGCAACUCUCUUGGUGGCCAGCCACCGGAGGAUCUUGGCCGGUUAGCAAGGAUGCGGAUUCUCGACCUCAGCAUGAACGUGCUCUCCGGCGCGUUCCCAACGAGUGAACAUGGCUACCCCGCAAUUGAGGUGGUGAAUGUAUCCUUCAACCAAUUCAAGGGACCGCACCCUGUGUUCCCUGGCGCAACGAAUCUGAUGGUUCUUGAUAUCUCAAGCAAUGCCUUCUCUGGUGGCAUCAACACCACGGCACUCUGUGUUGCGCCGGUCAAGGCCUUGCGGUUUUCUGGGAAUGAGUUCACCGGUGAGAUCCGUGCCGGGUUCGGCCGGUGCAAGAUGCUUACUGAGCUCUCUGUUGAUGGCAGUGGCCUUACUGGGAAACUCCCCAAGGACCUUUACACAAUAUCAGAGUUGAGGAGGCUGAGCUUACGGGAAAAUCAGUUCUCUGGUAGUCUCGGCAAGGACUUGGGUAACUUGUCUCAGCUUAUGCAUAUUGACCUGUCAUAUAACAUGUUCAGUGGCGUCAUCCCCGAUGUGUUUGGGGGUUUGAGGAGGCUGGAGUUCUUAAACUUGGCGACAAAUUUUUUGACUGGCACAUUGCCCGCUUCCCUGUCGAGUUGCGCAAUGCUGCGAGUGAUCAACCUAAGGAACAACUCGCUGUCGGGCAAGAUUGCCAUUGACUUCAGUUUACUGCCUAGACUGAACGUUUUGGAUGCAGGGAUCAACAAGCUGAGUGGUCCUAUACCUCGAGAUCUCAUGUGGUGCACUAAGUUGAGGACACUGAACCUUGGAAGGAACCUGCUUGAUGGGGAGAUACCAGAGAGCUUUAAGCAUUUGCGAUCCCUGUUGAUCCUCUCGCUUGCUCAAAAUGGCUUCACCAACCUGUCAUCGGCAUUGCGGGUCUUGCAGCACCUGCCCAAACUGACGAGUUUGGUGCUUACCCGGAGCUUCCGUGGUGGUCAGACAAUGCCAAUGGACAGCAUCAGUGGGUUCAAGAGCUUGCAGGUGCUUGUUCUUGCAAACUGUGCACUCUCAGGCAUGAUCCAGCCUUGGCUGGAGAACUCAAAAAACCUGAGAGUGCUGGACAUUUCGUGGAACAAGUUGAGUGGACCGAUCCCACCAUGGUUAGGUAAUCUGAAUAAUCUCUUCUAUAUCGAUCUGUCAAACAACUCGCUUAGUGGGGAGCUUCCUGAGAGCUUUACACAGAUGAAGAGUUUAAUUUCGAGUGCUUAUUCGAGUGAGCAUGCAUCAAUAGAAGACCUCCCAUUAUUCAUUAAGAAGAAUCCAUCUGGCAACGGUUUGCAGUACAACUGUGUGGGCAGUUUCCCACCAUCGCUGAUCCUCUCUAAUAACUUGCUUGCUGGGCCAGUCUCGCCAGGCUUUGGCCAUCUUGUGAAGCUUCAUGUGCUGAAUUUGAGCCGGAACAACUUUUCAGGGCGAAUUCCUGAUGAGUUGUCAAAUAUGUCGAGCUUGGAAGUCUUGAAUUUGGCCCACAAUGAUCUCACUGGGUUCAUACCAUCAUCUCUAACAAAGCUAACAUUUCUCUCCAAGUUUGAUGUCUCGUACAACAACCUCACAGGAGAUAUCCCAACAGGGGGCCAAUUUUCCACAUUCACAAAAGAGAGUUUCGUGGGCAACGCUGCACUAUGCUUUAGUCAGAAUGGCCCCUGCUUCGGAAAGGCUACUUUUGAAGAAACAGAAAAUGAUGUCACCGAUACCGUAUCCACAAUGCCAGCAAUGACAUACAUCACCGCGGAAGCGGGAUUCGCUUUCGGUCUUUUGACCGUCUGUAACAUACUGUUCUUCGCAAGGGCUUGGAGGGCCGCGUAUUUUGUGGCGGUCGACAGGUUCUUUGAUAUGCUCUACGUCAUAAUAAGGGUGGAGGUGAACAAGCUCAGAAGAAAAUGGGAAAAUAAAGAGCAUCCAUAGAACAAGUCAGGCACGGAUCCUGUCAGGUUCUAUCUCAGGAACUUGUGUGCAAAUGUUUUUUUUUUAACUUUAUAAGUUGUCUCCUUUUUCUUAACUUAUACCGUCUUCCUUGGUACCACCUCAGGUGUCAUUAGGUGGAUAGAUUCAGUAGCAGGGAUCGUAUGGUUAGAUCUUGAGUUCCUCUUCAUGGUGAGGACAAUAUUGUUUGUGAUAUAUGUAUUGACACAACAAAAUUUAUGAACUGUAUGGUGGAUGCUAAUAUAAAGACUGCCCGCUGUUCUCCGCGUGGAGCAUUACAA